GCGCCCUGCGAGUCACCGCCGCAGGCUGCUGCGUCCCGGGCGGGCGGAGGCCGCGGCCGAGCCGGGGGCUGGCGUAGAUGUGCAGCCCGGAGCGGGCGCCGCCUGGGCCGGCCCCGGCGGGGGACCUGCCGCCCGAGUGGGAAACGGACGACGAGCGCAUGGCUUUUCUCUUCUCGGCUUUCAAGCAGAGCCGUGAGGUGAACAGCACCGAGUGGGACAGCAAGAUGGCCUUCUGGGUCGGGCUGGUGCUGGCCCGCGGCCGCCGCCGGGGGGUGGUGCGGACCUGCCUGCGGGAGCUGCAGCACAGCUUCGAGCGGCGAGGCAGCCUCCCGCUGGGCCUCGGCACUGUCCUCCGGGAGCUCCUCAGACGGGGCAAGCUGCAGAGGGAGUCAGACUUCAUGGCCAGUGUGGACAGCAGCUGGAUCUCCUGGGGUGUGGGAGUCUUCAUUCUGAAGCCACUCAAGUGGACUCUCUCCAGUGUGCUGGGUGACAGUAAAAUACCUGAGGAAGAGGAAGUCCUGAUUUAUGUGGAGCUGCUGCAGGAGAAGGCAGAGGAGGUUUAUCGCCUCUACCAGAACUCGGCGCUCUCCUCCCACCCUGUCGUCGCCCUCCCCGAGCUGCGUUCCCUCUGUGCCAGUGUCUGUCCAGAUGAGAGGACCUUCUGCUUGCUGCUCCUCCAGCUUCAAAAGGAAAAGAGGGUCACAAUCCUGGAACAGAAUGGAGAGAAGAUAGUGAAGUUUGCUCGAGGUCUUCAUGCCAAAGUCUCCCCCAUGAACGAUGUGGACAUCGGAGUCUAUCAGCUGAUGCAGAGCGAGCAGCUGCUGUCACAGAAGGUGGAGUCCCUUUCCCAGGAAGCAGAGAAGUGUAAGGAAGAUGCCAGAAGUGCUUGCAGAGCUGGGAAGAAGCAGCUGGCACUGAGGUGUUUGAAGUCCAAACAAAGGACAGAGAGACGCAUCCAGGAGCUGCACUCCAAGCUGGAUGCAGUGCAGGGCAUCCUGGACCGGAUCUAUGCCUCCCAAACUGACCAGAUGGUAUUUAAUGCAUAUCAGGCUGGCAUGGGAGCUCUGAAACUGUCCAUGAAGGAUGUUACAGUGGAGAAGGCAGAGAACCUGGUGGAUCAGAUCCAAGAGCUUUGUGAUACUCAAGAUGAAGUAGCUCAGACUCUGGCUGGAGUGGGGAUCAAUGGUCUAGCAGAGAUGGACACAGAGGAACUGGAGAAGGAGCUGGACAGUCUCCUCCAGGACUCAGCUAAGGAGCCUCUUGUGUCUCAGAGUGUGCUGAAUCCACCCAUUUCUGAUGCUGAGCUGGAAGCUGAGUUGGAGAAGCUCUCUGUUUCUGAUGGAGAUUUGGCACAAAAGACUCCCUCUGAACCCAAAACAGCUCUGGGACUGAACCUCUAAAGACCCAACAGUGUCCUGUUGCUGCAGCUCAAGAAGUUGGCUUAAAGGUUCCUUUACUAAUGACUUAAAACUUCUGGAAGAGAGGAGUUGGGGGUGGGGGAGGGGUGUGUGUGGGGGGAGAACCACUUCCCUGCUCUUCAUGGACACCACUUUGCUCAACAACAGGAUCUCCUGCCAUGACAAUCCACUCUGGAACUGGCCCCAGCUGGUGUUUGUCAUCUCUGUGCCAACAUCUGCACUGCUCUCAAGUGGACUUGUGGACCCUUCCCCUCUUUCCCCUCCCCAAGUCACUCAGUGACAUUCGACCUUCCCUUCUGGGGAUGCAGCUCAAGAUCCUGCCCAGAGAAGGCAAAACUUCUAUGUCCAUAGCAGUGCUCCUUCCUUUUGAGUUCGGUUUGGUUCUCUUUGGCUUUGUUUUGGGGGUUGUUUUUUGGUUCCUUUGAGGGUUUUGUUGCCCCUAUGCCGUGGCUGAUGUUGAGGAGCUGAGUUGCAGUUGCUCAGCAGUUGGCUGGUUGUGCCCCUGUGGUUGUUUUAGACACUUGAGCCACCUGAGUGCUGUCCCCUUUGAUCAUGAAGUUAACCUUCAGCACCUCUUGAUAGUUCUCCUCCCCCUGGCCCCUGUCUGUAUCUUUGCACGGUCGUGGACAGCUGAACACUGUAACCGUUUGACUCUAGGAGGUUUUGGUGCUGCUUUAGAGGGCAGCAGUUGCAAGCACAAGACAAAAUUAGAUCCACACUGAAAAGUAAUUCCUCUUUUCUCUACUGACACUAAGGCCUUAAAGGGGAGACCUGCAAAAGAUGGGAAAGGAAGGAAUUUUCUCCCUUACAGAGGUUUGUGGGCACCAAGGAUGCAGCUUUCUGCUUGCUCUGACUUGGCAAACAAGCCAAAGCAGCUCAGAUUUCAUCUCCCUUGGUUGCAAGGGAGCUGAAGGAUGAUCUUCAGCUCCCUUGAUCUUGGGAGCUGCAGGAUGAUCUGCUUGGAGCUCUUGGAGCUGAGUGGGAGGGGGAAAGGGAUGCAGCCUUUUGCCUUUUGAGAGGAGAGGGCUUCAUGUAACAGCUUUGACCUUGCCUUCAGCCUUGAUGUUGGUCAUAAGUUACCUAAAAGCCCCUCCAAUAAAACCCUGGAGGUGUUCCUAAGGCUAAGAAAAGCCUGAGCAGGGCUACUGAAGGUUUGGGUUUGGACCAUGAGAUGUGCAGUGAUCAUCUUUUGCAGGUCACCUUUUUAUUCUGCCUGUGCACAUGGAAGCCUGGUGUCUGAGAUGGAGAAAUGGCUCCUUUCAGGAGGGGAAUGUGCUGUGAACUGGGCUUCCUGCACACACAGCCUGUGCCUGGCAAGGGCAGGGACUGGCAGACUGUUGGUCCAAGCAGUCCUCCUGUCCCUGACCCUGGAAUGUAUCCCUGGCAUCCUUUCUGCCCUGCUUCCUGAGCUCCACGUGGAUAGGGGCAGCUUGGAGGAAGGUGUGAACAAUAAACCAGGGCUGGGCUUGCCAGGUCUGGUUCACUACUGCUGACCCAGGGCUGGGCUUGCCAGGUCUGGUUCACUACUGCUGACCCAGGUUUAAGCCCAGAGGAGCAGGGAACAAAGCCCAGGUGCCACUAAGGCUGCUGGCUUGGCUCUGGUUUCCUUGUGGCUUUGUCCCAGAGGGCAGAUCCCUGCCAGAGAAGGUGUGCUGGAGCCAGCAGCAGUUUCCCCUCAACACAUGGAGCGGUGUGAGGUGACUUGAAGCUCUCUAAAUCCUUUCCUUUGUAAAAGUGAAGGGGAGAAAACCCUCUGUGUUUUCUGCCUGCCUGUAAUAAAAGGGAGGAAUCAAA